AUGACCGAUCCAGGUAAGAAGGAGGGGUAUAAACGGGUACGACAUAAAACAUUAUCAGCCUACUAUUCCAAUAUAUCGACACUAUCAUCCUCUCUCUCAACUAUCUUCCAAUCCAACAACAAGCAAUAUGGACAUAUACUCAAAUCCACUGAUCCACCCAAGUACAAGGUCUUACUGGACACUACAUUAGUAGCAUUGAAAUCUGAUCAAGAUGAGCAAUGUCUCGUGAGGAGAUUAGCACGAUCUGAGAGAGAUCAUCAUGGGGUUUUGGGUGCACAACAGGAAUCUAUCGAUUGGAUCUUACGUGAAUUAUCGAAAAAAUCAGAUAAGAACGUUCUACUAGUCAAUAACAGGUUCCCGAUAGUGGAUCUGCCGAUCAAUAUAUCGAGACCAAACGUUGAAAAUAGACAUGUACAUAGUCCAUCGUCAGUACUAAGAGAUACAGAAUGGAGAUUACUGAGAUCGAGGAUCGGUGAAGAAGCAUUUAGACUCUUAAUCGUUCAUACAUCUAUUUUCUUACCUAUAGGGAACAAUUGUUUCUCGCAAUUAAGUGGAAUGCCGAUAUACGAUUUGUAUGACCAUGGAACGAUUUCUCAGUGCAAGCUCCCUCAAAUUUCAAACAGCGGAAUAUGUAGCACUGGAAAAGACAACGCGGAAAGCAAAAAGAGAAAUAAGAAGAGGAAGAAAGCUCCUUCUCGAGAGCGAGAAGGGAAGCAAGUUAAACGAACGAAAUCAUCCAAUAGUAUAGCAGAAGUCAAAAUUCCAAGACAAAGGAUAUAUUAUGGACAUCCGUCUAGAUCGUCAAAUGGGAAAAUCACUUAUGGCCUUCCAAAUUCACAUAUACUCCACAAGCUCGCUGGCACACUCGGUGGACCGACAGAUCUUGAAUAUCUCAAUUUCGUGCAAGCAGUGUUCCCUUCUCUCUUUCAAGGACGGGGCGAAGAUGGCUUAAAGAUCAGAGGGAAUCAAGAAAGGCUAGAAGGUAUCUUGGGAAUGGUUCGUGAACUCGUUGCAAGGUAUAAGAAAAUCAAUUUCAAGCGCUUAUUGAAGAACUGUAUGACUGAGCAUGUGUGUACAUUCAAGACUUGCCACUCUGGAUUCCCAAUCACUCAAGUCAUACCAAGUAGUGACACAUCUGGUCAAGAUGACAAGGUCCCGCUUGAGAGUAGAUAUGACGACCCUCUUCCACCCGUGCUCGGGGUCAUCCCGCAUCGUCAAGUUUGCCGAUUUCUUACCUCAACAAUCCGUGCCCUGUUUUCCAUAGAUAUUAUCGGUAGUCAGGAUAACCUUGAUACCCUCUUGUCGCACAUGAGAAGGUUCGUAAAAGCGAAACAGUACGAACCGGUGAAUCUUCAUAAACUACUUCAAGGCAUCAGUAUAAAUGACCUUGGAUGGCUUAUCGUUGACUCAAACACGCCUCAACGAGUGAAUAUCAGCGAGGCCACGAAAAGAACAAGCCUGGUUGAGGAUUUUAUCCAAUGGAUCUUUGAAGGUUUGAUAAUACCUCUACUUCGAAACACUUUUUAUAUCACAGAAACGGCUUCGACGCGAUAUGAGACUGUGUAUUAUUCACAUGAGGAAUGGCAAAAAGCCACUAAGCCUCAUUUGAAGGUUUUGAAAGAUGAGUUACUGACUGAACUGGAUAGAAACGAGUCGUUUUUUGCUCAGCAAGGACCCUUGGGAGUAUCAGCAGUUCGGCUUAUUCCUAAACCUAAAGGAUUUAGACCUAUAGUGAAUCUUGGUAGAAAAAUUAAAUCAUCAAAGCUGUUGGGUAUACCAACUACUGGGUACAACAAGAGGGAGUUGACGGCCAACCAAAUCUUGAGAGGUGUUCAUCAAGUUCUGACAUUCGAAAAGGAUCGACAUCGAUGUUCCCUUGGAGCGAGUCUGUUCGGUACAAAUGAGAUUUUCGCUCCCAUCAGGGAUCUCAAAGUGGAACUGUUCUCGAAAAAUGGUAAAAUACCCAAAUUACAUUUCGUCAAGAUGGAUAUUAAGGCGGCAUUCGAUACGAUCAAACAAGAUAAAAUGAUCCAGAUUGUUUCCAGCCUAUUAGACAAGAAUAAUGAUUACUGCCUCAUGCUUUACUGUCUUCUCCUUCCUCCAGCAAGUAAAGCUUCUCAGGGAGCGUCAAGGAGACUGUUCAAGGCAAGAGCCGUCGUCGAUGACCAGUUGGCAAACUCGUUCAGUGAGCAUGCCAGAGACAUUGCUGCGCCAUUGCGGAACGCUGUUCUCGUUGAUUUGGUUCGUCGCAAACGAAUUACUAAAACUUCUUGUCUGGAAUUACUCAAAACCCACAUCGAGCAGAACGUAUGGCAAGUCGGCAAGAGAUUCUAUCGACAGAAAGUGGGAAUUCCACAGGGAUCCAAGAUUUCUUCAUUAUUAUGUUCUUUCUUUUACGCAAGUAUGGAAAAUGAGUAUUUGUCAUUCACCAGGCGAAAGGGAUCUCGUUUAUUAAGAUACAUAGAUGAUUUUCUUUUCAUCACUGAUUCUAUAAAUCACGCUCGAAGAUUCGUUGAUACCAUGUCCAAAGGAUUCCCAACGUACGGAGCUGAGAUAUCGCUCGGGAAGACGCUGUUAUCUUUUGAAUGUGAAUCCAAGGGUCAGAUGGGGUCAGUAGUGGAUAUAACCAAAAAUGGGGAAAUCUUAUUCCCAUAUUGUGGUUUCUUGAUCGACACUUCGACCUUGGAAGUCAUGGGUGACCAUCCUAGGUUAAUGGCGAAUCCUAUAAGACAAUCGUUCGCAUUACGUUCGGAUCGACAUAGGGGUUCUGCGUUCGUAGGAUGGUUCAGCCGUCAAUUAGAAAACAGGAAUCAAGUAGCUUAUCUUGAUACAGCACAUAAUAAGAUCGAUACCGUACAUUAUAACGUUUUCAUCAGUUUCGCUUUGACCAGUAUGAAGAUACCUUUCUAUUUUAAGCUGGAUGACAUACAAAAACGAAGGGAAACUUCUAUAUCAGACGCUUUGCUUUUAUCGGUCGGUUACACUUAUUUGGCAGGAAGAGCCAGGGUGAAACACUCCAAUAGAAAUGAUGAAGAAGAUGAUCACUAUGAUAUCAGGAAGACUGACUUUACAUUCUUGGCAAUCAACGCUAUCAUACGAGUAUUGAGGAAGAAACCUAGGUUCAAGGGUAUUACAAAAUUGCUUGAAAUGCACUUGAAAGAAAGAAAGUACCGGAAAUUGAGUGAAAGGUUGGAGCAGACGAUUGAAAAAGGUUGGGGAGCUGUUAAAGGCGCUCGGUACUAG